AUCAAUAAUAUAUUAUUUAAACAUGGUAAAUGAGUACGACACGUACAACAAAUGGCUCAAAUUCUUCUCGGUGCGAAUGGUUCAAUCUAUAAUUCAGUCUCGCCUCGGCGAUGAAAUUGAAUCAAAAUGUGUACCGUACUCGGAAAACGCAGUCGACUGGUUCAAUAUGCGAAUUGACGAACUCGGUGAAAUCUCAGCUUAUCUUAAAUCCAACAUCAAAAGUUAUCCACCUGUCGGAACUCUUACUCUCGAAUUUCUACUCUAUACACCCAGUGGACAACUAUUACCACUUGAAGCGUGGAUUCUUAGCUCAUCAGAAGGAACUGAUGAUUGUUCAAGAAAUGAACUUUAUCAUGAUAUGAGCACAUUGCUUCGAUCAGCAAUUGUAUCAGCCAGAAUGACUCCAAUGCAUCGAUUGUAUGUGAAAAAGCAGCACUUGGAGACUUUUGUAAUUAUGUAUAGAGUUUUUGAAAAUGAUAUUUCAUCUGAUAUGGGAAAAGGAAAGAAAACUAGAAAAAUUGGAGAACUUGUAUCAAAAUUUGGAAAUAUCAGUCUUGACCUACAUUACCGAACAUCAAUGCAUUUCGAGGAACCAGAGAUUGCUCCAGUAACACCUGUUGAAGAUGUAGAAGAGGAAAUUGAUGACGGGGAAAAGACAGUUGUAGAUGAAAAUAUUCAAACAAGAACUGUCUCAGAAUGUGUUCCAAUUGCUGAUGCUAAAAAAAGAAAAGCAAGUGGAAGUGUUGAAUCUGCUACAAGUGCUGGAAGUUCUACCUCCCGAGAAGCUGCUCCUAGAUUUAUUCUUGGACAAUCAACAUCAAGUGAAGACUCUCGACAUUCAGAUGUUCAAAAUUCUUAUGAAGAAGAUCACAAACCAUCUCUAGCAGAUCUACGAAAUCAUUCAUUCCCAUUCGUGAAUCUACUACAGUCGGCAUACAAUCCAGCAAAUGGAACCAAGAAAAACUCUUCUUCUACUUGUCUCAAUUCUCCAAAAUCAACUCCAGAAGACAAAGAGCCAACGAUAGAAAAGGUUGCUGAGAGCUUCCGUGCCGCUAAAAUCGACGAAGUUGUAUUUGAAGAAGAUGAAGAUGAAGAGUUGCCACUUGAUUCAAUGGAGCUGAGUGAAGAUUCAUUUGUUCAUUUUAAUCAGCUAUCAGAUUUCGGUGGUGCGCCAAGUCUUGGUAAUGAGCUGGGAGACUAUCUGAAGCAGCUGAAAACUGCUCCCGAUAUGACAGAAUCCGGUGAUAUUGAUAUUUGUAACAUGGACUUGAAAACAGAGCUCGAAAAAAUAAGUUCUCAAACUGCCAACUUCAACAAUUUCCUGAAACACGUCAAUUCGUUCUCCGAUGAGUGACUUUUUUAUUGAAAAUUUACAAUCUCCCAUAUUGUAUACAUCGCAUGUACACUUUUCACACGUUUACACUCGUUUCACAAUUUUUUGUGCACAUAUUGUUUUUUGAAUAUUCAUAAAUGUAUAGUUAUA